UAUUCAAUUUCUGUCUGUUCUGACUUUGUGGCGCGCUUGAUAAGCAAUCGAGCAACUGAAACGAAGAGAUUAAUGACAGAUGCGGAAGAACUGAUAGACAAAGCGGCUCGGAUCGGUGCUAAUUGCCUCAAUUUGAGUCACAGACAGUUGACGGUCUUACCAGAGAGACUCUCACAAUUGCGGACAAUCGACACACUCCUAUUGAACAACAACAAACUCAUCCUCCCUCCGACAGAAGUCACUCACCUACACAAGUUGAGAGAAUUGAGUCUAGCAUCAAAUCAACUGACCGUCCUACCCAGCGGUCUGCACAAUCUCACUCGUUUGAUAUCAAUCGAUUUGAGUCACAACAGACUUGGGUGUCUUCCCGCUGAGAUAGGCGAGUUGUCGAGACUCGAAGAGUUGUGGCUUGUUCAUACGGAGUUGAUGUGUAUUCCCGAUGAGAUCGGACGGUUGACGAACCUCCGGGUUCUCGCGGUCCAACACAACUUGAUCGUGACGCUACCGAGUAGCAUGACAGCAAUACGAUCUCUUCGAUGGUUUAGCUUGGCUUCUAAUCAGAUCUCGUCAUUUCCUUGUGUUAUCACUCGGAUACAGAGCAUCACGUAUCUCGACUUGUCAGACAACAAACUACGCGAAAUUCCUUCGUCUCUGUUUGACAUGCAACACCUUGAUACUUUUGUAGCUCAAAACUGUGGAUUAGAGUCGCUCCCGAUUAUAAACUCAUCGAGUUUGCAUACACUUGAUGUGAGAAGAAAUCCAGUGAGACGACCAGACGAUUACAAUGAUGUUGAGCAUCGAAUCCGACUGCUAGUUGAUAUUACUGACUUUGAGUUGAAACAUAAUCCUAAACGAUCGUCGACGUUUACUGUUGAGAAUCACGAUCGACGCGAUAUAAUUGAUGCUAUAAAUAGCUGAU